AAAAAACAAAAAAACCAACCAUGCUUGAUCAAAUGUCUGCUGCAAUCCCUCGUUUGCCCCAAGACAACAACAAUUGCAUCGAUCGGUCCUCCUCCGACGAGAUAUUGCAAUUCAGGCCAAACAACCACCAAGAACUUGACGACUCCGGCGUCUGUUCGCCGCCGCUAUGGAAAAACAGCCCGAGCCCGUCUCACCCCUCCUCUGCCUAUCCCCAAAUUCGAGAAGAAAAUCCAUCGCCAGCGGCCAAAGGGAGCUUAUGGAGAUGCUGAAAGACAUGCCCGAGUCAUCGUACGAGCUGUCCUUACAAGAUCUGGUCGAGCAUCACCGACAGAAAAUGGAAAUUGAUGAUGUUGAAGGCCCUCAUCUGCAAAAUAGGGCUAAAAAUCGGGCCGUUUUUGUGAAGAAGGUGAAGCGCCACAGAGGUUUUGAGGACAGGGGCUUGUUUCUGAAAAUGGGUUUCCCGUUUAAUUUGCAGUCGAGGAAGGUUAAGAGGAUUGGGGAUAGCAGUAAUUCGAUGUCGCCCAAGCCUGAGAGGGAUUGGUGGAAGAAGAAAUUUACUGGCUCCAGUGAUAGUGAGAGCAGUCGAAUUAGCAGCGAUAGCGGCCGGAGCUAUGGAGGCGGCAGCCAAAGGGAAAAUGAAGGCAUUCUAUCUGGCUGCUGGCAAUUGUUUCAGUCCAAAAGCAGUAAAUCUGUAUAGUAGACUAAAGAAAUGACCAUUUCUUUUGUGGUUCUGGGCAUAUGUAUGUAUAAGACUGUUUUAUGCUGUAAAAGGGUUAUUUUGUUCCCCUUUUCUUUCAUAAUUUUUGAAACUUUUAGCCAAGAAAAUUUAACAGUUACUUAAGUGAAGGGUUGUGUGCAUUUUUUCUGCUGUGAUGUCUUUGUACACUUAAUGAUUUGUUCAGAUGUUGGAGUUAGUUUCCAUAAGCACAAGUUGAACCAUCUAUAGCACUUGCCUUCUGGAACUGAAAAUGAAAAAAAAAAAAACAUUAGUGGUGAAGCUCAGAUAGUCAGAUGUACUUGAGAAAUCGUUAUUUUCCCUGAACCUCUCACAAAGAGAAGGGUCUCAUAGAGCUGGGAUUAGAAGUUCUUAUCAUCACUGCCACACCAUUUUCACCAUCCAAUAAAUCAAACAGAAAAUCAUACAAAAAAAAUAAAUAAAUAAAUAAAAAA